AUGGUGAACCUCGGCUAUCAGCGAGAUGCUAAUGAAGCUUUUGCCUUUGGUGCAGGGCAAGGAGUCCCGAUGGAGGUGCAGCAUGUGCAGCGAGAGGCGCUCUGGAUGCAUUCACAUGAGUGGCAGGUGCCAUGGUUGCUUCCGCGCCAGCCGCAGGAGCAGCUUCAGCAGCAGCAUGAUCAGCCCGAGUUGUAUGACCCACAGCAGCAGCUCCUGUUUCCGCAGUUUGGUUAUUGGCAACAGCAACACCAACGGCAGUUUUUGCGUGAGCAGCUGGACCAGCAGCAGUCAUUGCUUCUACAGCAGGAACCGCAGCGUGUAGUACUCGAUCAGGAGCGCCAGCAGGCAUUGCACCAAUACGACCAACAGCAACCGUUGCAAACACAGGCCAGGCUCAAACGGAAGCGCAAAGAAGCGGGCGAGAAGCAGCACGCAGACCCGCGGCUAGGACAGGAGGAGCAGCAACAGCAGUUGCAACUUUCCGACCCGCUCUCGGACCAGUGGCUGGCAGAAGAAUGGAUUGAACCGGAGUCUUCAGUGUCUGAGAUGCCUCAGCCAAGUAUCCCUCAACAGGGGUCGCAGUAUUUUGCUCCUGCACCAGAACCGUGUCUGAGAUGCCUCAGCCAAGUAUCCCUCAACAGGGGUCGCAGUAUUUUGCUCCUGCACCAGAACCAGGUCCAUCGAGGUCUGAUCAAUUCAGCAUCCGUAGGAUUUUGGGAUUAUCUGCAGCCCCUCCUGCCGCAUCUGAUGACGUGCCUGCUGCAGCGGCUUCAAGGAGAGAAGCUGCAGAAACUCCCGCUGCAGAGGUUGCAGCAGCGGGCGCAGCAGCCGCUUCGCCUAGAAUUGGUCCGUCCUCUCCGGCACGAAUGGCAGCUGAAGGAGGGGCCAUCAGCGUGGAAACACCGACCCUGA